AUGAAAAUCCCAGUGGAAAACGAGGUUAUAACUAUUAGGGGAAAUCAAACCCUAUCUAGGCAAUGCUACAUGGCCACUAUGGGCAGCACGGUGGAAACAAUGAACAUCGAUACACCGGAGCUGCUCCUCAGAGAGAAGAAAGCUCAGAAACCCCGAGAAAACUUAGAAACAAUUGAACUUACAGAGGGAUCCGAGAUGUGUGUAAAGCUGGGGGUAGAUUGGCCAAACGAGCACCGGGAAGCUAUCAUAGCUCGGAUAAAACAAACUUUCUCUCUAGAGAAACAGAUUGCUAUCCGAGACGAAGUGGAGAAGCUUUUGAAAGCUGGAUUCAUCAGGAAAGUAGAUUAUCCGGAGUGGCUGGCUAAUGUGGUUUUGAUCAAGAAGUCCAACGAUCAACUGGGCAAGAAUGUCGAGGUUUAUGUAGAUGACAUAGUCGUGAAAUCCAAGGGGAUCGAGGAUCACGCAGGGGAUCUGGCAGAAACUUUUGAAAAACUGAAGGGUUUUAACCUCAAGCUGAACCCGGAAAAGUGUGUUUUCGCAGUCCGCUCGGGGAAAUUUCUAGGACACCUCAUCUCGGAGAAAGGCAUCGAGGCGAACCCGGAGAAAAUCGAGGCAGUAAUGAACAUGAAAGCACCCAGCUCGGUGAAAGAAGUACAAAAGUUGAACGGAAGAGUCACGGCGUUGGGAAGAUUCAUGAGUUGCUCAGCCAAACGAUAUGAGUGUAAUACAGCUUUUGAAGAGCUGAAGGUUUACCUCAGCACACCCCCGGUGCUAGGUAGACCUGAGCCUGGGGAAAUCUUAUAUUUGUAUCUCUCGGUGAAUGACGAGACAGCAGCGGCAGUCCUGGUGAAGGAAGAUAAGGUGGCGGCGGAAAAGCUAAGGAGAUAUUUUGAGGCUCACAUCAUUGUAGUACGUACGAACCAACCUCUGAGAAAGGCGCUGCAGAGGCCAGAGAUGUCGGGACGGCUGGUCAGCUGGUCGGUCCAGCUAGGAGGAUAUGACAUCCAGUAUGAACUAAGACCGGCUCUAAAAGCACAAGUAUUGGCAGAUUUCAUAGCCGAGACCACAGCAAGCGACCAACCUGAGGAACCCGAUGAACAACUUCUACGGUGGGUCUUAGAAGUCGAUGGGGCAUCAAAUCUGGAAGGAUCUGGGGCAGGCGUAGUCUUGAAAGGCCCUCACGGAGUUACACUCCGAAGCUCGGUAAAAUUCGAUUUCCCGGCAUCCAAUAAUGCCGCGGAGUAUGAGGCUCUGUUGAUCGGAUUAAGAAUGGAGCUCGGAGGAAAAUGGGUGAUAGAGCAAGUUCCUCGUUUGGAAAAUCAAGAGGCCGAUGUACUAGCCAAAGUAGCAACAGUGAACGAAAAGAUACCGGGGGUCCAUUUCUCUGUUCAAAAACAUUCCAGCAUCGACAACCACGAAACCAUUUUCCUAACUCAGCCUUUGGAAAAUUGGAUGCAAGGCAUAGCCCACUAUCUAAUGGACGCAACUCUGCCAGAAAACAGAGAUAGAGCAUACAAAAUCUUGCGACAAGCCCCGUACUACGCAUUCCUCGACGGAAUCUUAUACAGGAAGUCAUUCACCCACCCUUGGUCGAGAUGCUUGACAGCAGAGGAAGGGGAGUAUGUUUUGAGGGAAAUACACGAAGGGAUUUGUGGGGCACAUAUAGCUCCUCGCAUGUUGGCAAAGAAAGCAGUGUUGCAGGGCUACUACUGGCCCCUAAUGGUCAGACAAGCAGAGGAGAUAGUAAAGAAGUGCGAAAACUGUCAGAGGCAUCAGAACAUCCGACAUGCUCCCACCACAGAGCAGUGUCCUAUUACCAGUCCCUGGCCAUUCGCAACUUGGGGAAUUGACAUCCUGGGACCCUUCACACCAACCACGGGGCAGAAAAAGUUCUUAAUAGUGGCAGUAGAUCACUUCACGAAGUGGAUAGAGGUAGAAGCAGUAAGUACCAUCACAGAAGCUCGGAUCAGGGAUUUCUUCUGGAGGCAAAUCGUGUGUCGCUUCGGUAUACCCAGAGCAUUGGUAACCGACAACGGGAAGCAGUUCAACUGUCGAGCCUUCAAGGAAUUUUGCAACGAUUUGCACAUUGACCUGCGUUUCACUUCGGUAGUUCACCCGCAAAGCAAUGGGAUGACCGAAGUAACCAACCGGACGAUCCUAAAAGGGCUUAAGGCCAGGCUAGGGGAGUUCGAUAGACAGUGGCUGGAAGAGCUACCGAAGGUCAUAUGGGCUUACCGAACCACCCCAAGGGCAGGCACAGGAGACACCCCGUUUUCUUUGACAUACGGGUGUGAGGCAAUGAUACCGGUGGAAAUCGGGAUGCCAACUUUAAGGGUCCAGUUCUUCGAUGAGGCUAAGAACGAGGAAGAACAGAAACUAUGCCUAGACCUGUUGGAAGAGCGAAGAGAGCAGGUGCCAUCCAUGGGCUGUGUGUCACCUGCGAGUUAUGACAAUCCCGGGUCAUCCAGAGAUAACCGGUUAUCCACGCCGAGCAACUUGCUUAAACUUGAUCUAUGA